GACGAAAGCUAAGCAUGGAAAAGUUGCUGCAAAAUGACUUUCAGGCUCGUGGCCACUAAAGCCGUUUGAUGAAAGUUUGCCUCUUAACAAGCGUAAAGCGGAAUGGAUUCGUUUUCGGAAUCAGUUUGAGCGAAUUGCCGCCUGCAAGGAAUCUGUUGCACCUGCCAUGCAGCUGGACGGAUUGAAAAUCUUCGCUGGCAAUUAUUUACUAAGUGUAAUCGAGGUUCAAGAAAAUCUUUCUGCUGGUUCGGAUGAUAUUUAUAGCGCAACAGUAUCGGCGCUAAACAGGUAUUUUGAACAAACGUGCGACUACACGAAGGAGAGGAUGAAGUUUCGUGAAAUGCGAAUGGGCACCUCAGAACCAUUUGUUGAUUGGGUUUUGCGAUUAGAGACUCAAGCAAAGUUUUGCGAAUUUGAGGCAGAGCAGCGAAACGAAGAAUUUGUUCAAGCAUUAGUUCGACGAUCUGUACUGCAAAUCGCAACAAAGUUGUACGAAAUGAGCAAUAUCUUCAACAACAAUCUUGAGUUGAUUACUGCCCACGGUAGACAUCUUGAUUACAUUCGGAUGGAAUCUGAGGAAUCAAAGCAGAUAGUAAUGAACGAAGGUGGUAGCAGCAUUGAAGAACUAAAGACACAUGAAGGGACUGUGGUGAAGCCAGUUAAUGCAGUAGUUAGUCAGAACUCGCAUUUUGGUCCAAUGCGUCACGGUUCAUAUCGAGGAUCGCGAUCGGAAGCCAACAAUAGGAAUUUCCGAUUUCAAGGUGUGAGUUCUCUUGGUCGUGCAGGACGGUUCAAAAAUACCAGCCAGAACUGCUUGAAGUGCGGCAGUAUUCACGGUUCUAAGCAGUGCAGGGCCUAUCGCGUCAAAUGUUACACAUGUGGGAAAGAGGGGCACUUUGCCGAGUUUUGUUUUUCGAAAAACAGCGCUACUAAUCCAAGACAACGCUGGCACCCUGAUAGUGGUGAGAUGGUAAAGUUCGAAGCUGGAAGGAUCAAUCAGGUACAGUAA